AUGUCUACCACAGUUGUACCAAUGGAUAACGCAAGAGAGGGCUUCACCAUUGUUACCCAUAUUAUCCCACCACAAACAAAUCCAGCUGCCCACAUUUCGGGUCCACUCCAGUCAUUUCUGAAAGGAGAGCCAAAAGCACUUGGGACUGUCCAGAUAAUGAUUGCAAUCAUGACAAUCUUGUUUGCCAUUGUGAUUGCUGUCACUGGGCCUACUUUGUACAUCUACAGUGGUGUCUUCUUCUGGGGAUCCCUUAUUUUAUGUCCUCAUAUCAGUGCAGGUUCUUUAUCUGUUGCUGCAGAGAACAAGCUUAAUUCCUGUGCGGUGAAAGGCUGCCUGACAAUGAACAUCAUCAGUGCUGUGACUGCAGGAGUAGCCACCGUUCUGCUGUCUGUUGACAUCGGGCUGUUAACGAAUUUUAUCUAUAGAUAUGAAAACUACAGCAAAUAUAAUGAUUCAGAAAUUUUUUAUAGGGCUAUGGGUUAUCUGAAUGGAUUUAGAGGUAUACUGCUGGUGUUCACUGUGCUUGAGAUGAUCAUCUCUAUCUGCAGCUCAGCAUUCUCCUGCAAAGCCAUCUGCUGCACCCAAUCAACGGCCAAUGAUGUCGUGGAGGUUCCUGCUCCAUACAGCCAGAAGCGUCUCCAGUGCCGUAAAAUGAGACACCUGUGA